AUGCGCCUUCCGGUGACUGUUCGACGCAUCUUCCAGUCACUGUUCGAUGCGCCUUCCGGUGACUGUUCGAUGCAUCUUCCAGUCACUGUUCGAUGCGCCUUCCGUGGAAAUCCUGGAAAAUCUGGUGCAGGAGCUGUACUGCGUUCUGGGAAUGAGGUCCAUCGCUUCAGUCGAGGACUGGGCACUCAAACAAAUAAUUCUGCUGAGUAUCAAGGUUUAAUUUUGGGAUUGAAAGAAGCCAAUAACAAAGGGUAUGAUCAUGUUGAAAUCCGAGGUGAUUCGAAGCUUGUCUGCGAGCAGUUUGCAGGUAAAUGGAAAGUCAAUAACCCGAAUUUAAGAGACUUGCGUAAUAAGGCUUUGGACUUGAAGGAUAAUUUCAAGUCAGUCACUGUUGAACAUGUUCCUAGGGCUUCUAAUAGAGAAGCUGAUGCUCAAGCAAGUCGGUGCAAAAAUCUUGAAGCUGGCCAAGUUCAAGAAGACUAUUACUACUACUGA